AUGUGCUGUGCCUUCACCUGUGAUGUCGGGCCUGUGCUGCGCAUCCGAUGGGGUACGCGAGGCCAGCGACCCAAUGCUGGAGCGGCGCGUGGUCCCGUGCUGCCGGCGGUCCUCCCGCUGCAUGUGGAUGGAGAGCUGCGGGCCAGGCUGUGCGUGGCGAUGGCGACCCGCGAGGACCAGCGGAUCUUCGCCGAACAGAAGGUCCCGAAGAUCCAGGAGCCACAGCCACUCCGGGAAGACGAAUGGCGGCCCAGGUGGCACGUGCUCCGGGACCACGACGCCUUUCCUGGAGAGGACUUGGGCAAAGUCCCCGUGUCCCAGUUGGCGCAGGCCAAGGCCUUUUGCGAGAAGAAGGGCCUGGCAGGGCUCGUCCUUUUUGGAGGAGUGGCCUACCUUCGUGCGCAGCAAUCGGUGGAGGUCUUGUGCAACGCGGCUUCACCACAGAAGGGGGCGGAGCUGCUCCUGAGGCCGGAUCCACUUCUUCAUCGACCAGAGAAGGCGACAGCCCGACUGCGCGUUGCUGUGCUGGCAACGCAGGAUGAAUUUGAUGAGACGAGCCUCUUCGACGUGGGGAUGGUCUCGAGCACGGGCAAUGGCCGGCGCUAUGCCGCGCAGGCGCUGCUGCGGUCGAUCGCGCAGAGCGAGGACUUCGAACUCACGGCCGUGCUGGUUUACGAUUGGAAGAAUGAGACGGGCCACUGGGCCUUGCCCAGUGAAGGCCCACAGCAUGUGACGCUCAACAUCCGUGGGGGCCAGCCGGUUUCUGCUUGGCGUGGCAGCAUGGGGCAGCUUCUAGGCGCCUGCGCUGGCGACCUCGCAGUGGACGUGGCUGUCUCCAUCCAAUCGAGGCGGACCUGCUUGGAGCUCAUGUUGAGGAGCAUCCGCGCCAAGAAGUAUGUGGCCAUGGGCCACGACUACAACUUGCCCUUUGGCCCAUGGGGCAUGGAAGUGGAGCCAGAGAUGUUGGCCUUGCAUCGCGUGUUGAUCCAAGACUCACGGAUGACGAUGUUCUGCACUUCUCAGCACUUAGUGGACUUCGUGCACCGCUUCUCUCAAGGCCGUGUGAAGACACGCUUGUGCUACUGUGCGGACUAUGGCUAUUUUGACUCCGAAGAUUUGCCUUUGGCCAAUGAGCCCAGAUACGUGACCUUGAUCAGUCCGAGUCCAGCCAAAGGCUUGGCGAUUCUCCUGCGUUUGGCCUUGAUGCUGCCUGAUGUGGAAUUCCUGUGUGUCAGCACUGGCUGGACAAAGACUUUGCAUGAAGUGCAGCUGCGAGCUCAUCCGAAUGUCAAGGUUGUCCCUGGCAGUGACGAUUUAGAUACAGUGUAUCAGCAGACCGCAGUGUUGCUGAUGCCAUCACUCUGGCAGGAGUCCUUUGGACUGGUCGCAGUGGAGGCGCAGCUCCGUGGCCUUUGUGUGGUGAGCACCGGAUCUUAUGGUUUGAAGGAGGCCAAUUUUCUGGAGGAGUUGCAGGUCACUCCCGUGACCUUGGUUCAUGAUUCCAGGACCCGUGAGAUGCUCCGAGGGCUGACGCUGGCGGAGGCGGAAGAACGCUUGGAUCCUGGACGGCCACGGAAAGAAGGCCGUCACGGGGCGGAAGGGGUCACGGCGGAUCGUCACUCGUAG